AUGUCUGUCUUCGAACCGAAGACAGUCCUCACUCUUCUCAAGACUUCGACUGCUGUCUCCCCUCUCGAGAAAAACACCUUUGAAAAAAAAUGGAGGGUUAGCGUAGAGAAACGAGUCAGUACAUGGAACGAGGCACGCAGCCAUAUGAACAACCCACGUCCGCAGUUCCAGCUACAGUGGGAGUCCGAGAUCGUUGAGUAUGUCCAGUUCCUGUGGGAGAAGACACGAACACGGUCAAAGAAAGGCGAGCCCAGCAAGCUAGGAGUGAACGUCCCGUUGCUCGGGCCACGGUUUUUACCUCCGUCUUACCUGCAUGUCCAGAAGCGCUCUGGAGGUGGAGCCAUCGAGCCGACAAUGCAAUACCUCAAACCGCUCAACAUCGUGCAUCCGUUCUACUACCCACAGCUUGGACAAUGUCCAAGAUGUGGGUCCGACAAGGAUACGGCUUGGGAAGGCUGGACGAGUAAAGGAGCUCGAGAGCUCCAUGGGCUGUUCUGUGAAGAAGCAGCUCUGGGCACACAGCUCAGAUGCAACCGCUGCAAGGAAUCGUCGAAGGCGAAGACCAGAGGGGACACUGCCAGUGGUAUGGUGGCUGGCAUUGAGGGAUACUGCUUCGCAACGACGAGUGCGAUGUACUGGAAAGGCUGGGAGCAUUGGAGAAUCCCACAUGAGUCCCGCGCACAGCAGGUCGUCAGUGAUCUGACGUAUUCGACUGCGGCAGGUGGCUUACCUAUAUUUUUCUACCGCUGCGCAUUGACACGCGACCUCUUUGACCUCCUCAUCGAGUUAUGGCCAUCGUCGACCUCUGCAGGUCUCGAAGAAUGUGUUAGGCAACUCCAUCUCUUCAAGCACAAGCGCAGGAUGUUGGAGUACCUUGAGGCUGUCAGAGCUCGCGAAUGCCAGAACGACUCGAAGAACUCACUCGGAAACUACUUCAACAGUGGUGUGACUUCGGGAACGUGCCUUCAAGCGUUUUCGGCACCCGAUGACACACUUGGCUACAGCGACAAAUCAGUCUCUCGCGAUACGAUAACCGAGAUCGAGAGUGCGAACUACUUGAAGUCGCUAUCAGCAAUAUGUGCUUCUCUGGACAACACAUUCAAAGCCACGAACAAGGCGACACUUACCAACAAGGACGGCCAGAAGACGAAGGAAAUCAAGGGCGGUAUUCUCACUGUCUUGAACGAGGGCAAUGAGAUUAUUUCCUGGAGGUUCUGUCAGAUGCGCACUAACGCAGAGAUCGCAGAGCUCCUGCUAGGCCUCAAGCAUCGCCAUGACGUCCUUGGUCUCCCACAGCCGAAAAUGAUGGUCGCCGACAACUGCUGUCACAUUCGUGGCGCAGUGGCAUCCGCCAUGCCUGAGACAGAAGCGAAGCUGGACGUGUGGCAUUUCAGUGCCAGAUAUGUUGCUGCAAUACUGAACGCAAGCAAGAGUCCAUUUCGCAGUGCUAUUGCUGCCGAUAUCUCAGGUGCAAUCCUCAAGAUGCACGCAGAACAUGGACGUCCAGCAGAAUACUGGGAUCGCAGAGAACAAGAGCAGCGCCUUCUUGCAGCUUUUGAAAAGUGGGCCGAGAAAGGUGUGUGGUCAGCAGCGGCUCAGAAGGUACAUCAAGAACAACUCAAACAUGUCCGAAAAGGGUGUCUCGAGCGCUCGGAUCAACACCUCAGGUCUGACGGCAGCCGUGUUGAAGGCACGCACAAAGGCUGGAACUCAUUGCAGCGCGCCCAACCAAGUGGGAUUGUGAUGCUGACUGCACUCGGUCACGACUUCGUCCUCCGUUGCAACAUUCGGGUCGCCUUCAGUAGGCGUCAAAUGACGCCCUUUGUCGAAUUCACCCAUGGCUCCCACCACAUCCAACUAUCUAACCACGUCGCAAAACUCUACAACAGACUGCGCGAGAAGGGCACACAGCUGCUUCCUCUCCUACCAGAACUCCCAGAUGUCGACUCUGGCGAGACUUUUGGACUGGUUGCAUCGGACAAUGCAACCACAUUUGGUGGGUUGCUCAUCAAGGAAGAGACUCUGGACGCCGAACUCGCGCACAACUUCGAGGUUCACACUGAUAGCUUUACUGGCGGGACUGUAGACUUUGCGACUGAAGCCAGCCGCAGCAUCAUGAUUGAGGACUGGCAGAUUGAUCCCGCACUCCUUGAUCAGCCUGCUGCACAGCUGCCGCGCACUAUGACGGCUUCUAACACUAACACUCUCCCUGCCGAAGUUGCACCUCCCUCCCUCAUCAAACGCAAGGCCAUUUGCAUCUCGCCCAACUCCGACGACAAGUCAAAUGGCGGGUCCGCCACUACAAAACGACCUCGGACUCUGGGUCCAGCCAGCACCAAGACACUUGAUGGCUACUUUGCCUCAGGCCGUCUUCUGACAUGGCAUGGAGAGCCUCCCAGUACUGCCGCAGGAGAGGUCGCCAGUCCGUUCUCGCCCCCGACCAACGAUACACACCCAAAGGCUGCCAGUGCUCAGGCUGGCAACAACAACCCGCCAAUCACCCCCAACCAACGAUACACGGGCAUCAACGAGGCAGGCCAGACCCGGUCCCAGUGCCUGUUCUCCAUCGCAACGGGUAUCGAUCCUCGCUCACUCACCUUCCAAAAUUCGGACGAGUUCUACCUGUUUAUGAACAUGCGAGCCGAGUUCAAGUGGCUGUCAUACCAAAUGACUUCGAAGCGCUGGGUGCUGGCAACGGAGGAGUACAAUCACCGUCUCGUCGAGAAAAUGGGCCAGUCCAUCAUCCAGAAGAACCCACAGGCCCUCCUGCGCGCACUGGGUGAUAUUGAGCCCAAACUGAUGAACCGCAUCAUCAAAGACGAGUAUACCUCAAAGAGGAACAACGAGACAUUCUGGCGCCAUCAUUGUUCUGUUGUGCCCCUCGUCAAGGAAGAGCGAGGGAAAAAGCCUCGAAAGGCGCAGACGUGCUCGCGCUGCCAAACCAUCAUGUACCCUGGCCCCGAAAACUCGCCACUCAACCACAAGCGGGGCUACUGCGCUGACGGUGUCAAGCAGGUGUCGAAGAGCGGCGAAGACCUCCCUCCCUGGCCUCAGCCUCAAGGGCUGUUCUCCGAAGGUCGCACAUUUCACCCACACGCGUUUUUGUUGGCUGUUCAGCGCGUCUUCAUGCAGGGACCGGGAGAGAUGGACUUGCUUGAAACGGAGGCCUUCGCGAAGCUGCUUGCAUCGCGCACUGAGAUCCGCGAGGAUGGCGCAGUGCUUUUCCAACUGUUCACCAACUUUGUCGUUGACCCAUCCACCCCCCGCGAGCGCAUCGUCACCCACAACGACAAGCAGUGGCUCAGGAUUAAUUUCCUCCAGCAGCAGCAGCUGUAG